GAAGAAAGUAAACAGCUUGGCUUGGACACUUGCUCACACCUUAUCUCCUGUGAUGCACGCACACAACUGAGUUGCGCUAUACAUAGUAUCUCAGAGACCGACUGUCACGAAGCGAGAAGGAGAAAACAGACGUUUGGAGCAGGUUGUCUACCAGUUAUGCAGUACAACAGAACGCGUAGGCCGCUUUGUUCUCAGAGGAGACAAAAAAAUGACAAAUGAUAACCUGAAUAAGCUGUUGGUAUUUUGUGUAUUAUUUUACGCUCAGAAGGCGUCCAUCGUGCAUGGUGCACAAGCUUUGGAAACUAAAGUGGCUCUGCUCCUCCAUGUUGAGCCAGAGAAUCCAAAGUGCUUUGCUGAGGGGAUGUGGGACCUCACCUGCUUCUGGGAGGAGGAUGAGAAAAGGGCUGGCUCUGCUGAUCAGUACUCAUUCAUAUACACAUACCAGAAUGAGAACAGCUGUGAGUGUGCCGUAACUGCCCUACCAGCAGCAGGCGGCAAGAGACUGUAUUUUUGCAGGUUGUCCCAGACUCAAUUAUUUGUGCCCCUUGACAUUCGGGUGUUUCAGGAUGGCCUGCUGAUCCACAACCGCAGUCUCUUCGUUGAACUUGUCUUCCUGUUAGACCCGCCUGCCAAUCUGACAGUGACGAGUACAGGGAAGCAGGGGCAGCUGAAGGCCAGCUGGCUGCCUCCCUCUCUCAAGUACAUGAGCGACAGCAUGAUGUACGAGGUCAGCUACGCCAUGGCAGGGAGCCACAUUGGAAAGGUGGAGGAGGUGCAAGCCAGCUCUGAGCUCAUCUUGCGUGGUCUGCAGUCAGGGACCAAGUACAAUGUGCGCAUUCGUGUCAAACUGGACGGCAUCAGCUACAGCGGCUACUGGAGCGCCUGGACUGACCCGGUACUGAUGGAAACAAUGCCUGGUGACUUGGACCCUCUCAUCGUGUCCCUGAGUCUCAUCAUCGCUCUCGUCCUCACCCUGCUGUCUCUCAUUGUGCUCAUGUCCCAUUGCAGGUUCCUGUUGAAGAACAUCUGGCCAAUCAUUCCCACCCCUGAAAGCAAGUUCCAAGGCCUCUUUACGGUUUAUGGCGGUGACUUUCAGGAGUGGUUGGGCCACAGCACUGGAGGCUUAUGGUUGAGGCCAGCCUACUUCUACUCCGAGGAAUUCCCGGCUCCACUAGAGGUCCUCUCAGAGGUUAGCCUUGGUCCCGCUUUGCCGCCCAAGGCCUCAGAGGCACUUGGUGAAAAAGGAGAGGAGGAGGAGGAUGAAGACAAGAAGCUAAAGAGGGUGGACUCUGCAUUGAUGGAGGGGUGGAGAGAAACCCCCCAGGAGCACUGGCUGAUGGACCAGCUCCGGGCUUUUCAUCAGCACCCUGCACCCCGGUCCCAGUCGUCUCUACUGGAGUCCCACGAUGCCUACGUCACCCUCAACGCUCAGAACCACAGUGGGGAGGAGCCUCUUGAUGACAUAUUGGAGGAAACCUUGCCCCUGCAGGUUCUCUUUGCCUCUGGAAGGGCAUCCUCUGAAUCUCGCUCAGACUUAGGCUCCCUCCAACAGAGCUCAGGGUCGGGCCGCCUCUCGUCACAGUCCAGUUUUGAGUACCCAAACCACACCUGGCCGCCCAAGGGCCCCGGGUACACCUACAUGGCAGUGGCCGACUCGGGUGUCUCCAUGGAUUACAGUCCGAUGAGCUCGAGUAAGAUCGAUGACAUUGGGAAGGGAGUUAUCUAUACCAAUGAGUACAAGAACGAGAUCCCUGCACACAGAAGACCCAUAGGUACGCCCGUCCACUUUGCAUUCUGAAUUAAGGCUAAGCUAUGUAACAGGCUAUGAACUGAGGCUUAAAGGUCCAAUGAAGCUGAAAAACAGUUGAAUAUUUGCCAUUGGGAUGUUUGGCCAAGGCUUCUACAUUGACUCGAUCUUCUUGUCAGUGGAAUGUAAAAAGCCAGGAUGUAGGCUACUCUCAUAACUAUGCGAUAACAGACAAACUAAAAUGUACCGUAAACUAAAAAGCUUUGGUAAGGAAAAGUCAAAAUUAUCCCUGAUAAGGAUUGUAUAUUUCUUUGGAUGUCAUAAGCUCAUUCUCACAAUAUCCCUUCAUCAGAAGGCAGCUGUUUGAGAAAUACAUGAACAACUGAAACACUCUAAAGCUGAUAUUAUAAAACACAUGUAAUGUGUAUAAUCUAAGAUCAUUGGAUCUUGUAGGUACAUUUAUAAGGUUAUUUUCUAUAUUUUUACUGGAAUAACUAGAUAAAGUUGACACUUAAUUGUAAAUAUUGUGUUUGUCUAUUGUGUAUUGUACAAGAGUAUCACUUGGUGUAACCCUGGUCUUAACAUGAAGCUCCUGCAAGAAUGAAGAGGUACUGUAGGAUGUGCAGGAAAGUGUUUAGGCAAUGUGUCACAUUUCAGUAUGAUGCUAUUGUACACCUCUUGCUUGCAAUGCUUAGAUCAACAAAGGUUGUAAAAGUCAUCAUGGUUCCAGUGUAUGAAUGUUUGUAUAUCUGUCUAUCUAAUUGUCACCUCAUUGAAUCUUACAUAUUAUCAUACAUUUUGAGAGGCCAUAAUUGUUGAAACUGUAAAUAAUUUACAUUUUUUUUUUGUUGGUUUAAAUAAACACCAGUUUGUUGAAAAUGUAGGUAAUUCCUCCCACCCAACAAACAAAAAUUGUGGUUUGGCUAAAUGUAUAGUUAGAUUGAAAAAACUGUCCUUUUUUAAGUUGUCCCAUUUGUAAAAAUACAGUUGUAUACAUAAGCACAUGUGAAUAUGACAACUCAAUGUGGUAGGGCAGGCAUACUCAACUCUAACCCUACGAGGUCCGGAGCCUGCUGGUUUUCUGUUCUACCUGAUAAUUAAUUGCAUACACCUGGUGUCACAGGUCUACAUCAGUCCCUGAUUAGAGGGGAACAAUGAAAAAAAUGCAGUGGAACUGGUUUCGAGGUCCAGAGUUUAGUUUGAGGGUGGUAGGGUAUCGCAAUACUUCUUCCAUGGCAAAAAUGAAAACACAAAGCAGACUAAACUCUUUGGUCCUUUAAAAACCUGCUGUAGGUAAAAUAGUGUGCUAUAGCUUGGAAAAUAAAUAAACAUGACUCUGGAUGACAAUAAAAUGAUUUCCUAAAGAAGUUAAA